GGAGAAAGGGCAGUGCACGCCAUAUGACACCAACCAUGGAAACAACAGCACGAGGCUCCUAAGUACUGAUCAAUUAGCAAAGCUUCCUAAGCAACAGCAAAUUUGAUGCUUUCAUGUACCAAAUUCUGCUCCCUCGGGCCUACAAUGGAGUGAUCUCCUCUUCCUCCAGGUCUUGAGAUGCUUUGAAGCUUCCCCUACCUGAUGCCGGGAAGGAACAUGGAAGAGGUAUGGAAAGACAUCAGCCUCAGCACUCUCCACCAAGACGUGCCUUCAACUCCCGUCCUCGCCUUCCACCCCGCCACCACCAUCUCCUCCUUUCGAGCCGUCAUGCUGCAGGACUUCAUCGCCGAUGCCUUCAAAGCAGAAAAUCGAGCUUCUUCUCCGAGCACCCACAGUCCUCCUGCUUCGCUCAGUCCCACCUCUGACAACUCCCGGCAGUUCUUUGGCUAUGAUCUCAACGCCAGUGCCAGUGCCAGUGGCAGUAACGCAGCACAGUCUGAGUCAACGAAGAAGCGGUCGCCGGAGAAGCGGCCGAACCGGAGCGUUGACAGACAAAGCGGCGUCGAGCAAAGGAAGAAGCGGAUGAUCAAGAAUCGAGAGUCGGCGGCUCGAUCUAGGGCCAGGAAACAGGCCUACAGGAACGAGCUAGAGCUAGAAGCCGCACGUCUGCUGAAUGAGAACGAGAUGCUGAAGCGAGAGUCCGAACAGCUGCGCAUGACAGUGGCUGCUCAGAACCCCACGGCUUCCAAGCCUACGCUGCAGAGAACCUUAACAGCUCCGUUUUGA